CAUUCACUUGUUGAGACGAUAAUGCCCCUGGGGUGGGCCGAACUGUCUUGCGUGACUGGAGUUCAGCGUGCCCUGCUCUUCUCCCAAACCACGGAAAGGGAUGUGACGGCUGUGACUGUUCCCAAACUACAGCCCAGGAGUGAAAACGGGCGACACGGAGAUGGAGGUGGGAGCUGUUAAUUGGAACCUUACGUGGUAUCUGGGUCGUGUCCGUCGGUGGAGCCCGCCUGGGCAAAACGUUCCAGGAGGCACAGUGGCAUGUGGGCACCUCUGGGCCCGGGACGCAGCUCCACCUCCUCCGUCAGGGUGCGUUCGCAUUUCCCCGCUUUUGAGAGGAGAUAAUGACACCCUCGGUGGCCUCCACCCGCCCGGGUCCUUAUCGGCGGCCCCAGACCCUGCUUGAGCGCCACUCGGUGUCGCGGGCCCCCGCAGGCACUAGAAGUCCCGAACCCUGAUGUGGACGCGGGUGCGCCGUAGCUCCGCUCCGCUGGGGACACUACGCUCCGGAGGCAUCCGGAGACCGGAGGCGAGGGGUGGAGCGGCGCGUGCGCACAAGGGAGCCGCGGGAAGUUCGAAAUUGACGGGCAGGGCGGCAGGGCCCGGGGGCAUCCCGGGCAUGGCCGCGGCGGCCGGCCUGGCGCGGCGGCUGCGGGCAGCGCUGCGGGAGGAGGAGCCGCGGGCCGUGGAAGAACUGCUGCGCCGCGGCGCGGACCCCAACCUGGUGCUCGCGGAUGGCGUGGCAGCCAUGCACCUGGCGGCCAGAGCCCGGCACUCGCGCGGUCUGCGCUGCCUGGAGGCCCUACUGCACCGGGGCGGGGAUGCUAACGCUCGAUCGGUCGAGGCGCUCACGCCGCUGCACGUGGCUGCCGCCUGGGGCUGUCGCCGCGGCCUGGAGCUGCUGCUGGGCCAUGGAGCGGACCCGACGCUGAGAGACCAGGACGGACUCGGGCCGCUGGACCUGGCGGAGCUGCAGGGGCACCAGGAUUGCGCACACGUCCUUCGGGAACUCCAGACUCGGACGAAGACAUCGACCCGGACCCGGGCAGAGAGCCAGGAGCCUGAGCCUGAGCCCGAGCCUGGCGGCCCAAACCCCUGGGGAAAGGGGCUGGACGCCAGCCCCUCUGGACUUCCCAGUGUGACGCUGGGCUUCAUAGCACUGGGCAGAAGUGAUGGCAGGGACACAGGCCUGGAAGCUGGCCCCAGACUCCCCCGCCACCUGGCCCGCCCUGAGAUUGCUGACAAGGAUAGCAGCUUGGAGUACCCCCCAGGACAGUGCGACUGCAGCUCAGAUGCCUCCUUUGUCACUGCGAUUGAAGCUUCUGGAACUGAAGACCCAGCCCCGCACACCUCCUCCUGGGCUAGGUCAUCUCCCCAGACCAAGCAGAGACUCAUGCCUACUAUUCGACCUUCCCAGAGGACGCCGAGGUCCCCAGGUACCCCACAGCUGGUACAUCGAGCUGCUGCGGCAGACAGGGAGGCAGAACUAAAUACCUGUCUGCAGGCCCUGACUCUGACUUCGCCAGAUGCCUCCCCCUCCCCCCUAGCCCUCCCCGAUGGGAGCCCUGCGCAGAGCCCCCCUCGGGAGCCACUGCCUGGACUCCCCCAUGUUCACUUCCUAAAAGACGAAGAGUUGUCCCCCGACAGUGAUGUGGCUGCCCUCUGGCUGACAGAGGAUGAGGCGAGCUCCACAGGUGGCAGGGACCCUGCCCCCUCUCACUGGUGCCCUCCAGUCCCUGCCAUGACGGACCUGGAGAUACUUCGAGGGCUCCGAGCACUUGGCAAGAACCCUGGCCCCAUCACACCCUUCACUCGGACGUACCACCUCCGACGGCUGGAAGAAGCCCGUGCUGCUCCUGGCUCAGACUUUUCAGGGCACAGCCCAGAGCUGGCCGAAGCCCUGCGGACAGGCUGUAUCCCAGAUGCCCAGGCAGAUGAGGAUGUGCUUGCCCAGCAGUUUGAGCGGCCGGACCCCAAGAGAAGGUGGAGGGAGGGGGUCGUGAAGUCCAGCUUCACGUAUCUACUGCUGGACCCCAGGGAGACUCAGGACCUGCCAGGCCGAGCCUUCUCACUGACCCCAGCUGAACGCCUUCGGACUUUUGUCCAUGCCAUCUUCUAUGUGGGGAAAGGGACACGGGCCCGGCCAGAUGUCCACCUCUGGGAGGCCCUCAGCCACCGUCGACAGCCAAGAAAGCAGGCCUGCCCCAAAGUGCGCCAGAUCUUGGACAUCUGGGCCAGUGGUCGUGGUGUUGUCUCCCUGCAUUGCUUCCAACAUGUGGUUGCUGUGGAGGCUUAUACUCGAGAGGCGUGUCUUGUGGAUGCUCUAGGCAUCCAGACACUGACCAACCAGAGACAAGGACACUGCUAUGGAGUGGUGGCAAGCUGGCCACCCACCCGGCGACGCCGCUUGGGGGUGCAUCUGCUGCACCGCGCCCUCCUUGUCUUCUUGGCCGAGGGUGAGCGAGAGCUGCGGCCCCAGGACAUCCAGGCCCGCGGCAGAGUACUGGGGACUUGACCGUCCAGCCUAGGUAGAGAUCGGGGUGUUUGAAUGCUUCAGCUGCCCCAUGCUGACAUCAGCCCCCCAUCUCCAGAAGGCAGCCCAGAGGGUGGGGGGGGGCAGGCAGCAUGGCAUAUCCCCCCCUCAAGCUGAGGGAGGACUUUGUUACAGAUGGACCUGCUGGAGAGGUAAUGAGCUUCCUGUCAUGGGAGGAGGACAAAUAGGGAAGCAGAAGUUCUUUGGAAUGUUCUAGUGCUUCCGAACAUGCUAACGCUUUGGCAGUUUG